AAGCUAGCCGAUAGCUAGCUAGCAAUUUAGAACAAAAUGCACAUCUUUCGGCCAGCCGAGAGGAUGGCUUAGGAGUCAAAUACAUGUAUACGUGAAACGGCAGCGUUUAUGGGGAGAUCUGGGAAAUCGCGGGAGAUUUUUCGCCAAUUUUAAUGACCCACAAAUCCCAAUUUCUUCGGCCCCCGGAGCCACAGCGCUCGAACAAGAGAGCACCCGGGCAGCGUUUGCGGAUGUAAAGGGGGGACCUAACGUUAUUUGGAGGAGUAGCUAUCCUGUGAUACACCGGCAUUACAUCGGGAAUACUCCACAGGCUUGACUGGACGCACCAGAUAACACCUGAAGGCCAAGAAUAAAGUGAAAGUAUGGGGUCUUCUUAGAUCUCUCCACACAGGCGUUCUCCUCUGCUCAUCGCUGUUCCUCUCAUCAAAUCCUCCGUCACGGCCCCUUCACCAAGCACCCUUUCCAGUUCUUCAGUGCACCUUGCUGAGAUGGAUUGGGCCACACCAGCUGCCAAACUGAAUCCUUACACCCGAGCCCGCAUGACAGAGGCCUGGCAGCAGCAUGCUGUCGCUCCACCUCCGGUUGUCCACACCAUCCCUCCAGGAGCUGAGAACGCGUUGGGCUGUGCUGUGUAUGGUAUCGUACUGCAGCCAGAUGCUACGUCUCUACAGCAGCAGCAACAGACCCAGCAUGGGCAGCACGGCCAGCACAACCAGCAACACAGCGGGGGUCAGCAGCACGGGCAGCACAGUCAACAGCAGCACACCACUCAGACCCAACAGACCUCCCUACAGGUGGGGACAGAGGGAGGACACAAGUGCGGGGCCUGUGGACAUGAUAUCUCUCACCUGGCUAACCCACACGAGCACCAGUGCAUGGUGAGCCAGGACAGGUCAUUCCAGUGCACCCAGUGCAUGACGAUUUUCCACCAGGCGACAGACUUGCUAGAGCACCAGUGUGUUCAGGUGGAGCAAAAGCCAUUUGUGUGUGGGGUGUGUAAGAUGGGAUUCUCCCUCCUCACCUCUCUAGCCCAGCACCACACGUCACAUAACAGCACCAACCCAAUGAAGUGUUCAAUAUGUGAGAAGACCUACAGACCCGGCUCUUCUGGCAACGCCACACCAAACUCAAACAACCCCCAGCAGCCCAGCAGCGACAGGGCAUCAGCCUGCAGCAGCUCGUCCAUUCUCCCUUUCCCUUCGGCCCGAGACCGGCCGUACAAAUGUUCUGUUUGCCAGAAGGGUUUCAAACACCUGUCAGAACUCACACGGCAUGAGAGGGUGCACACGGGAGAGAAGCCCUUCAAAUGUGACACAUGUGACAAGGCCUUCAGCCAGUCGUCACAUCUACAGCACCAUCAGCGAACGCACAGCAACGAGCGCCCGUUCAAGUGUGCUGUUUGUGAAAAGAGUUUUAAGCACCGCUCCCACCUUGUGCGCCACAUGUACGUGCACUCUGGUGAGCACUUGUUCAAAUGCAACUUAUGCGAGCUGCACUUCAAAGAGUCAUCGGAGCUCCUCCACCACCCCUGCCACCCGCAGGGUUCCCGCCCAUUUCGAUGCGCCACGUGUGGUAAGGGUUUUAAGCGGCCGUCGGACCUUCGCCAGCACGAGCGCACGCACUCCGAGGAGCGUCCCUUCCACUGUGAUGAGUGUCAGAUGAGCUUCAAACAGCACUAUGCACUUGUGCGCCACAGACGCACACACAAAGACCCAACUGACCGGCCGUUCAAAUGCAAUCUGUGCGACAAGGGUUUCAUGCAGCCCUCUCACCUCCUCUACCACCAGCACGUCCACGGCAUGGACAACCUGUUCAAAUGCGCCUCAUGCCAUAAGGAGUUCAGUCAGUCAGGAGAGCUGCUCAGACACAAAUGUGGCGAGUCGUCAAACACCUCACCGGACAAGCCGUAUAAGUGUGACGUUUGUGGCAAGGGCUACAAGAAGAGUUCCACGUUACAACGUCAUCAAAACUCUCACUGCCAAGAGAAGCCCCUCAAGUGCUCGCUCUGUGACCGCCGCUUCCUGUCCUCGUCGGAGUUUGUCCAGCACCGCUGCGACCCGUCACGGGAAAAGCCGCUGAAGUGCCCGGACUGUGAGAAACGUUUCAAAUAUUCAUCAGAUCUGAACCGACACCGACGCGUGCAUACAGGGGAGAAACCGUACAAAUGCGGCCACUGCAACAAGGGCUUCAAACAGCGCGAGCACCUGACCAAACACCAGAGCACACACUCCAGGGAGGGCCAGUUCAAGUGUGUCUGGUGUGGAGAGCGUUUCAGUGACUUGGGCUCUUUGCAGGAUCACACAGUGCAGCACACGGCCGAUGGAGGAGGUUACCCUGUGCCGCAGUGCAUAUGAAUCCCUGGAGACUUUAACCCCUGAACAGACGCUUCCCUAAACUCCCUGUUUUCUCUUCUGUGCCCUGUAGGCUCUACUUCAAUUCGCCUUCAGCCUAACAUUCAUCACAUUUUCAGGACAGCCUAGGCUAUUACUAUUGCAUUCAUUCCCACCAGUGCAACAUCAGGUCUCCUGAGGAGCACUUUCUCUCUCCCUUCUUUAACCUGUUCCCUAUUUCUUUUUUUUCAGCCCCACACUUGAUAACAUUGAAUAGGCUACAGCUACUUAAUUUCCAUCCAUCAUACUUACUGCCAACCAAGACCGACUGCUGUGGACAGAAGCAGGUGCCAUAAUGCAGGUUUAUUGAGCAGAUCCUUCCUAAUUUCCUCUUCCCCAGAGAAGGAAAAAAAAAACUAUCUUGGCAAAAUCAGACAGUCGUUUUUUAAACAGAUUGUCAGUAAGUAUAUUGUAUCGAGUCUCCAUUAGUGCUGCACGAUUAAUCUAAUCGCAAUCGCGAUGUCACGCUGUGCGAUUACGUAACCGCAUAAAAGACCUGCGAUUUGCAAUUUAAUGUAAACCAAUGUGGAGUAAUUGACGCCACAUCCACACGCUGUGGGCAGCCACAGGUAUGGUCACGUGACUACCCCGGCUUUCAGCAAACGGUAGUGACCGACAUGGACGCUGAGGAGGAACACGAGGGACAAGCAGAGUUGGUGGCGAAAAUAAAAAUGCUACUUCUG